AUGUCUAACCCCCUCUCUGGAACCUCGACACCACGCGCCUUUGCGGCGCAGUCUGCUACCGCGGAAGACCUGCUGAAGUCGCAAACUGUCGGCCUAGUGAACCUCGCGGAUUUCCGCAAGAGGCGGGCAGAUGUGUUGGAACUGAAAGAGAAAGAGGCGAGAGAGGCAGCAGGGUCCAGGACGAGGACGCCCGAAAGUGACGGUGCAGCGGUGACACGAAAACCCGACCACGACGGACCUCCGAGUAAGAAGUUGAAGAAGAAAAAGAUUGCGGGCAAAGGGCUAUUAUCGUUUGGAGGCGACGAAGACGAGGACGCAGAGGGCGGAAGUACCGUCUCGUCGCCCGCAGUGCGAAGUUCGAGACCGUCAACCGAACCGUCGCCUGAACCAUCCUCCAUCACUCGCAAACUAACGCCCAAUCCCAACUCGACUCUUCCUCCUCCCCGAGCAAUCACAAAAGCGGCACUGGCCGCUGAGGCUCUGGAACGAGAAAGACUGCGCAAGGAAUUCCUUGAGAUCCAAGAUCGGGUAAAGGAGACGGAGAUUGAGAUCCCCUUUGUAUUCUACGAGGCUGGCGCGAAUGUGCCAGGUGGCAGCGUAAGAGUCAAAAAGGGUGAUCAUGUGUGGUUGUUCUUGGAUAGGUGUAGAAAGGUGGGAGCUCAACUCGGCGUCUCUGGUUCUGGCUCAGGAUCUGCCGGCGGUGGGAGCAGUGCCAUGCAGAAGAGGCGCAGGGAGGACUCGAGGAAACAGUGGGCACGUGUGGGUGUCGAUGACUUGAUGCUCGUGCGAGGCGAAGUCAUCAUCCCCCAUCACUAUGAGUUCUACUAUUUUAUUGCGAACAAGAUCCCCGAUCCGAGUAGGGAAGGGAAGCUGCUGUUCGAGUACUCUGGGACAGCGGAUGUCAGAAAGACUAACCCAGGCGGACAAGACAUCGAGACCAAUGCUCUGUUACGGGUGCCUGGAAAGACGCAAGAGGUGCUGGAAGGGCAUAAUGACGACCCAACGCGGACUAAAGUGGUGGAUCGAAGGUGGUAUGAGAGGAACAAGCACAUCUAUCCCGCGAUUGUAUGGAAGGAGUUCAAGGCUGGGAAGGAGUUUGAGGAGAUCGCAAAGGGGGGCAGAAGGGAUGCCCAAGGCAAUGCUUUUUUCUUUGGUUGA